AUGGCUCCCACACAGAACGAACCGAUUGCUAUUGUGGGCAGUGCCUGCCGCUUUGCAGGAGACGCCACUUCCCCGUCCAAGCUUUGGGAAGUCUUGAAGGAUCCCAAGGAUCUACUCCAGGAGAUACCUAAAAGUCGUUUUAAUACGGACGCGUUUUACCACUCUGAUGGAUCAUACCCUGGCCACAGCAAUGUUAAGAAUGCAUAUCUUCUCAAUGAGGACUUGGCUGCAUUCGACUCCGAGUUUUUUGGAAUUAAAGCUGCGGAAGCGAAAGCUAUGGACCCCCAGCAGCGGUUGUUAAUGGAAACAACUUACGAGGCCCUUGAGGCAGCUGGUAUGCCCAGUGCUGCCUUGAAGGGUAGCGACACGGCCGUAUACGUCGGUGUAAUGUUUAAUGAUUAUGCCUGCAUGUUGCUUCGGGACUUCCAAGAGAUCCCGACUUACUAUGCCACCGGUACUGGAUCAAGUAUCUUAUCCAAUAGGAUUUCUUACUUUUUCGACUGGCAUGGGCCUUCCGUGACUGUUGACACGGCCUGCUCGUCCAGUUUAGUUGCCGUUCACAUGGCAGUCCAGGCACUGAGAGCUGGUGACUCUCGGAUGGCUGUAGCAUGCGGAUCUAAUGUUAUCCUAGAUCCCAUGAACUUCGUCAUCGAGAGCAAGUUGAAGAUGUUGUCCCCAGACGGCCGCAGUCGAAUGUGGGAUUCAGGGGCAAAUGGAUAUGCCCGUGGAGAAGGUGUUGCGACACUCGUCCUGAAGACUCUUAGCGCUGCUUUGGCAGACGGCGAUCACAUUGAGUGUAUCAUCCGGGAGACUGGCCUGAACCAAGAUGGUGCCACUGGUGGUAUCACGAUGCCCAGCUCAGUCGCACAAGAGGCGCUUAUUCGCAGUACCUAUGCCAAGGCUGGCCUUGACCUUCUCUCUGCAAAGGACCGACCACAAUACUUUGAGGCUCACGGCACCGGUACGCCUGCUGGUGACCCCAUAGAAGCCGAAGCCGUCUACAGAGCAUUCUGGGGUGGAGAUGCUAGCGAUAAAGGCCUUGAGCUCAAUGGUGGAAACCCACUGUAUGUGGGAUCUAUCAAGACAGUCCUCGGUCAUACCGAAGGCACUGCAGGUGUGGCCGCCAUCCUCAAGGCCUCGCUUUCUCUACGCAACGGCACGAUACCACCCAACCUUUUAUUCGAGAAUCUGAGCGAGCGAGUCGCUCCAUUUUACAAGAACCUCGAAAUUCUCAAAGCUCCAAAGGCAUGGCCUUCCGUUGCAGACGCACCCAGGAGAGCCAGUGUGAACAGCUUCGGUUUCGGUGGCGCAAAUGCUCACGCCAUUCUUGAGCACUAUACCGAGCCCUCGAGCGCUUCUACUCUGAGCUCCAGCGAGGAUGCUGGCAUCUUCACGCCCUUUGUCUUUUCAGCAUUCUCUGAUCAGUCACUUCGUGCCACCCUGUCCGCAUAUAAGGAUUACCUGUCAAGCCACCCAGAGACUAGUAUGCGAGACUUGGCAUGGACACUGCGAGAGCGCCGCUCCCUGUUUCCCUACAGGUGCUACUUUGCUGCUUCUUCUCUGCAGGAUCUCCAAAAUCAAAUCUCAGCCAAGCUCGAGGGUGAUUCUACCAGUGUUGGCAUCAAAUCUUCUUCUGCUACCAAGAGUGGGGCUGCUAAGAUCCUUGGAAUUUUCACUGGCCAGGGUGCUCAGUAUGCUCGCAUGGGCGCUGAGUUGAUCGAGAAGUCAUCCACUGCUAGAGAGAUAAUCGAAAGACUAGAGGCAGACCUUGCAAAACUUCAUGACGGGCCAAAGUGGUCUCUAAAGUCUGAGAUCCUCGCGGCCGCCUCUUCGUCGCGAGUCAACGAGGCCGAACUCUCGCAGCCGCUCUGCACUGCUCUACAAAUCCUCCUUAUCGACAUGCUGGGUCUGGCUGGUGUUCAUUUUGACGCAGCUGUUGGUCACUCCUCUGGAGAAAUCGCUGCUGCCUAUGCGUCUGGUUAUCUUACCGCUCGCGAUGCCCUCUAUGUCGCGUACUAUCGUGGCCUGCACGUCCAGGCCGCAUGUAGCCCUAACGGUGCUGAUAUCAAGGGUGCUAUGGUUGCUGUUGGCAGCUCUCUCGAAGACAUGACUGAGCUGUGCAAUGAUCUUGAUUUUAAGGGACGUUUGUCUGUCGCUGCAAGCAACUCUUCUACCAGCGUCACUGUUUCUGGAGAUGAAGAUGCGAUAUCCGAAUUGCAACUUAUCCUCGAGGAUGAAAAGAAGUUCAACAGGCGCCUCAAGGUCGACAAGGCAUACCACUCAAAGCACAUGCUUCCCUGCUAUGAGCCUUACGUUGCAUCCCUUAGGCAAUGUGGCGUCAAGGUGCAGACCCCCAGCUCCUCAUGCAUGUGGAUCUCUAGCGUAUACAACCAACCCGUCGACUCUUCGAUGGAGCUGGCUGAUACAUACUGGGCUGAGAAUAUGACAAAACCUGUGUUAUUCGCCGAGGCGCUCAGCACUGCUCUGGGAGCCGGCAAUUUCGAUCUUGCACUGGAGGUCGGAGCUUCUCCUGCGCUCAAGGGUCCUGCGACUCAGACUAUUCAAGAUACCCUGGAGAAGGAGAUUCCAUACUCUGGAAUUCUUGCGCGUGGAUCCUGCGCUAUUGAAGCAAGUGCUACAGGAUUUGGUUUCUUGUGGUCGCAUCUUGACAAGACCAGUGUCACCCUUGAUGCCUAUGAGCGUGGCAUGACGAGUAACGGCGAUAAGUUCAGCGUAGUCAAAGGACUCCCGACAUACCAGUGGAAUCACACGAACAAGUAUUGGCACGAAUCACGAACCUCGCGCAAGAUGCGUCUGCGACAACACCCUGUCCAUUCGCUGCUCGGCGAUGUGACCACGGAUUCCGCACCCCAUCACAUGAGCUGGAGGAACUUGCUUCUCGAGAGCCAGAUGGAGUGGGUUUCGGGGCACAAGGUCCAGUCUCAGACUGUCUUCCCCGCUGCAGGCUACCUGACUACCGCACUAGAGGCUUCGCGAUUCGUUGCUGAGGCUGCAGGCAAGAACAUCCGCCUCAUAGAAGUCAAGGACUUUGUGAUUCACCAAGCAUUGUUCUUCAGUCCAGAUGACACUGGUAUCGAGGUCGUUACGUCACUCGCAGAUAUCACAGUCGACAAGCAGGAUCGUGUUUGGGCCAAGUUCACAUAUUCAGCUGCCAUGGACGCAAAUGCCGAAGACUUGACACUAGUCGCAAGUGCUAACCUUGAGGUCCAGUUGGGAGAAGCGUCUACCACUCUCCUCCCAGCUCGCAAGCCCGCUCCAACUCACGUCAUCGACGUCGAGCCAGAGAGAUUCUAUUCCGCACUUGCGGAAUUGGGCUACGAGUUCAGUGGUCCCUUCCGCUCCUUGUCUGCACUCCAAAGGAAGCAUUACCAAGCGACCUGUGUCAUGAAGAUGCGGUCCACAGAGGAGGAUACCGGCUCUCUGCUCAUCCACCCUGCCGAGCUUGACGCCGCCCUGCAAUCCAUCAUUCUUGCGUACAGCUACCCAUACGAUGAGCAACUUCGUAGCCUGCACCUGCCAACCACUAUCAAGCACAUUCGAGUCAACCCCAGCCUUCUUGGUGCCGUCCGCACCCAAGAUGAGUUCUUCCCUGUGGAUUCGACCAUCUCCCCUCGACAGCCAGGGCAGCGGGGCAUUUUGGGUCAUGUCGACAUCUACCCAGAAAAUGGCUUGAAUGCAGUUAUUCAAGUCCAAGGAGCUACUUUCAUUCCCCUCGGUGGUGGAGCAACCGAAGAGGACCGCAGGGUCUUCUCGCGUGUCCAUUGGGUCAAUAGCCAUCUGGAUGGUAUCGAGGCUGGCAAAGAAAUUCCUCUUACUGAGAGCCACCGUGAUACCGUCCGGCUGCUCGAACGAAUUGCCACCUUUUACUUGCGCAAGUUUCACAGGGAGGUUCCUGCGGACCACCCUAUGAGGCAGGAGUUCACAACCAAGUGGUACCUCAACUAUGCCAAAUACAUUACCGAGAUGGUAGAGUCAGGUCAGCACAAGUGGGCCCGGAAGGAGUGGCUGCAAGACACCCUCGAGGAUAUCAUGGAAGCUAGCAGGCCCUUCAUGCACCUCCCCGAUAUCGAAAUUAUGCACAUCACCGGACAGCAAAUGCCACGUGUAUUCAACGGCGAGACUACUAUCCUGGAGCAGUUCCGUGCUACCGAUAUCCUCGAUCGCUACUAUGCUGGUGGCUUUGGAUUGAGGGAGUCUGGUCAAUGGGUGAGCAGAACGGUUAAGCAACUGACCAGCCGCUUCCCCCACAUGAACAUACUGGAGAUUGGUGCUGGAACUGGUGGAGCUACCAAGGCCAUUUUCCGCGAGAUCGACAACAGCUUCAAGUCCUACACGUACACCGACAUAUCUGCUGCCUUCUUCGAGAAUGCUGCCGCCAACUUCCCUCAGUACCGAGACCGCAUGGUCUUCAAGACUUUCGAUGCGGAAAGGGACCCUGUAUCACAAGGAUUCGUUGAGGGUACUUAUGAUUUGAUUGUUGCCUUCUUUGUCAUCCACGCUACGAGUGAUUUGGAACGCGCCCUCCGCCAUAUCCGCAAGAUGCUCAGGCCAGGUGGUUUCCUCGUUGUCGGCGAAGGUCAGGAAGGUAUGAAUGGUGUUGCCAGCAGUGGCUUCAUCUUCGGUACCCUAGAGGGCUGGUGGCUCGGAAGCGAUACAGGCCGUGUCCUGUCUCCUCAUGUGUCUCCACAAGAGUGGGAUGAAUUGCUGAGAAAGACUGGCUUCUCUGGCGUUGACUCUUGCCCUCGUAAAGACUUUGAAGACGUCCUGAAUGUUUUCCACUUCGCUUCUCAGGCUAUGGACGAGGAGGUUGAGUACUUCCGCCAACCAUUGACUGCGUCCCGUCGUGCAGCUCCGAUCAAGAAGCUGGUCCUCGUUGGUGGGCAGACUGAUAGAAGCGCACAUCUCGUCAAGGGUGUUGAGUCCCUUGUCCGCGAACAUGCGGAGCAGGUCUAUUGCUACAAGUCGCUCUUGGAUGUGAACCACGACAUCAUUGACAAGGACACCACAGUGGCCAGUUUUACAGAGCUUGACGAGCCAGUCUUCAAGAACGUCACACCAAGCACAUUUGAUGCGUUCAAGAACAUGUUCCAGUCAGACAAGAACUUGCUCUGGGUAACCUCUGGCCGCCGCGAUGAUGAGCCAUACUCCAACAUGACUGUUGGAUUUGGCCGUGUAGCCACUCACGAGAACCCUGGUCUGCGCCUCCAGCAGCUUGACAUUGCCGAUGUCUCAAACACGACUCCUGAGUCCGUCGCUGAGAUACUUCUGCGCUUCCAUGCCGACAAGUCGAAGACCGAAGAGCUCUUGUGGUAUACCGAACCUGAGAUUGCUGUCGAUGAAGAGAACCGUCAGCUUGUGGCGCGUCUUCGUCCAAUUACGAAGCUCAACGAUCGCUACAAUUCUGCGCGUCGCCAGAUUGUACAAGAUAGAGAUGUUAGCCAAGUGCCCGUCAGUGUGCAGCACACACAGAACGGCUAUACGAUCAUGGAGCAGUCUGACUAUGAACUUUCAGUCAAGGAGCAUGAGAGCAGUGAGGAACUCACUGAGCUUCAUGUUUCGCAUGCGAUAUUGUCAGCACUGAAAACUCCAGCAGGUUACAAGUUCCUUGUUCUUGGAACUCAACCUGAAACGUGCAAGCAGUAUCUCGCUCUUGUCCCACGUCUCUCCUCCGUUCUCAAGGUUCCAGUUGCAUCAAUUGUUUCCACUGAGGAUCUUGGAGUCUCCAACGAUGUGAUUCUCACCGCUACUGCUGCUCAAAUCCUAGCGUCAGCAGCUGUUAGCUCGUUGUUCAGCGGACAAACACUACUUGCCCACAACGUCUCAAAGCAAGUCGCAGCAGCGAUCUCGACUGAAGCAUCAGCAAAAGACGUGAAUGUCGUCUACACCACAGACUCCAAGGACUCAAGCGAAGAUUCAUGGAUUCAGCUUCCCCAAUAUGUCAGUGGACGUGACCUUGAUGAACUGUUGCUUGUGAAGCCAUCUGUUUUCAUCGGUCUCUCUGGUGGAGACGCAUAUGUGCUGGAAAAUGAGGCUACGUUGAUCUCCACCCUGCCAGAGGAUUGCCAGAAAAUGACGGCCAGCACCCUGUUCGCUUCGACUGCUUCAGAUGACAACAAAGGUACCACAUCAAUCGUUGCCCAUCUGCUUCAGCGCGCUGUGGCGAAUGUCCAUCAGACUAUUAAGAAGCAGGAACCACAACCUGUUGCAACCAUUACCCUUCGCGAUGUCACUGAAGGCGAUGCACUGCUUAAUCCACUGUCGGUGUUGGAAUGGAACGCAGUGUCAAACUUGCCUGUUCACGCCGCUCGCCUCGAUAAUAGGCCGAUGUUUAAGAGUACUAACGCAACAUACUGGAUUGUUGGUAUGGCUGGUGCCUUAGGUAUCUCACUUUGCGACUGGAUGAUUAGUGCUGGAGCACGCAAUCUCGUUAUUACCAGCAGAAACCCUAAGGUUGAGGCAGAAUGGAUUGCGGCUCAUAAGAAAAGAGGCGCGACUGUUACAAUUCUUCCUUGCGAUGUCACCAACGAGAUGGCUUUGAAGUCUGUCCACCAGAUGAUCUGCAGAAGUCUCCCACCCAUCGUCGGAGUAAUGAACGGUGCCAUGGUUCUCCGUGACGUGUCGAUUCGUAAUAUGUCAUACUCCGAACUCAUCGAUGUCACACGCCCGAAGGUUCUAGGAAGUAUCUACCUCGACCGCGUAUUCUAUAACACAGACCUGGACUUCUUCCUCCUAAUCUCCUCUAUCAACUGUGUUAUUGGUAACCUCGGCCAAGCCAACUACGCAGCAGCAAACACAUUCAUGUGCAGUCUCGCUGCGCAACGCCGAAAGCGUGGUCUCCGGGCCGCCGCUAUGAACGGCGGAGCUAUCAUGGGCGCAGGUUACAUGGAGCGCGAGUCUCGUAGGGAGCUGGAUCUUAUUGUCCAGAAACUUCACAUGAUGCGCAUGUCGGAAGAAGACUGGAACCAGUCCAUUUGUGAAGGCAUCGACGCCACUCGUCUCGACUCUAUUGCCGGUGCAGAGCUUACUACGGGUCUUUCGGACGUGCCCUACGACACGCCGAAUGCCCCUUACUGGUUCCUGAACCCCAUGUUCUCGUCGUUCAUUGUCCACCAAAACGCAGAGACUCUGGUCAAGAGCGAGGGCAAGGCAACCGCGUCCAUCCUGGAGCUUCUGCAAGUUUGCGCAACAAAGGAUGACGCUCGCAAGGUCAUUGAGAAGGCGUUCACAGCUCAGCUGCGCCAUGCUCUUCAAAUGAACAUGUCUGAUGAAGAUCUCUUGGUCGCACGCAGUGUGGAGAUUGGUCUUGACUCUCUUGUCUCUGUCGACAUCCGAACGUGGUUCCUCAAGAACAUUCAAGUUAGCAUCCCGGUGCUGAAGAUCAUGGGCGACGAAACCAUGUCGAACAUUGUGCAAUAUGCGGUUGACAAUGUUCCUCCGGAGUUGAUGCCCCUAUGCCACCCUAUUAUCAUUACUGAGGAGAGCAGCAGUGACGACGGCAGUACUGGUAUGGACAACUCAAGUGACGAGGGCAUUCCCAUGACUCGCAGUGCCUCUCAGAUCCCAACGGCAUCAACCACACCACUUCCGGAGCGAGCCUUUGGAGCCGACAAUAUCCUCAAGCUGUCGAACAACGGCACCAUUGACUGGGAGGCCGAGGCGCGUCCUCCACGUGACUUGGUUCAGGUCUCAAGCAUCUCCGGACCGAGUCCAGUCACACCACCCAAGGUGGUUGUUCUUACUGGAUCGAGUGGUCUCCUGGGUCACCACCUGCUAGACUACCUGCUGGAAUGCCCAUCAGUCACAAAAGUUUACUGCCCUGCCGUCCGCCGCCUAUCUAAUAAGUUAGCCAAAAAUGAGCUUCGCACCGACGAGCGUGUCGAGUACUUCGAAGGCCAGCUCGCCGAUCCACUUCUUGGUCUCUCACUCGAGAAGUCUGCUGAGAUAUUCGCCAAAGCUGACGUGGUAAUCCACAAUGGAGCUGACACCUCUCAUCUCAAGUACUUCCAAGAUCUCCGUCACUCCAACGUAGGAUCCACGCAGACUCUGAUUCGACUGUGUCUACCUCGCCGCAUCCCGAUCCACUACGUAUCAUCUGCCGGUCUCGCAGUCUUGUUCAAGGGACCAGCCUUCCCACCUGUUCGCAUGACAGGCCGCGAGCACUCUUACCCAACCACCGACGGUGUCUUCGGCUACAUGAGCAGCAAGUGGACUAACGAGCGUCUCCUGGAGCAAGUCCAUGACCUAUACGGCCUCCCAGUCUGCAUUCACCGUCCCUCGACCAUUCUGCGCGAGGGCUCUGAUGCGACUGGCAUGCGUGCUCAACUCGACUGGGUAAACGCCCUCCUUCAAUGGUCCCGCGCCAUCGAAGCUGUUCCCGAAGUCAAGAACAACACUGGUGCUCUGGACCUGGUACGCAUCAGCACUGCAUGCGAGUCCAUUCUUUCACGCGUAUUGGAUGGAAGCGAGAAGGCGAAGAAGGAGGUCAGAUACGCACAUCAGGUUGGCGAUAUUGUUCUUCCGAUGAACAACCUCAAAGAAAUUGGACGGGAAGAAGGCAAAGAGUUUGCCGUGUUGCCUAUGGGAGAGUGGUUGUCGAAGGCGGUUGCUGCGGGCUUGCACCCUGCAAUUGCGACAUUGGUUGAGAUGAUGGAUGCGCCCGGAGCACCGGAUUAUCCAAGGAUCUUGAGGGAGGCGGAAGUCUAG